GGUCCUUCAUCUUAAGCAGUAGCUGCGGCUUCAGACAGCGCAAUCAUGGAUAUGACAUCGGCAGCGGAAGCACGCAGCUGGUACGAUAACCAGCGGCUCGGUGGCUCACCGGGCACGUCGGCCGCCCUCGGCCACCAGACAGCGGCGGUCGAUCCGUCCGAGAUGAAUCCGUUCUAUCCGCUGGAGAAUGGUUCCCAUCGACGCUACUACCCGACCAGCUACGGACCCCACGCAUCCCGCAUGAGCUCAUCGCACGUCUCGCCACAGGUGUGCCGGCCCCACUUCCACGGCCCGUUGUCGUGGCUCAGCGACCCGCCAAAGCCGAUCGCCUCCGGCAGUGCCUGGGGCAGUCCGUUCGCCUGCCCGCAGGACCCACAGGACAAGCUGGGGGUGCAGGUGCAAUCCGGGGGUCAGUCCGGGCAGCAUCUGUUCUCGUUUCCACCGACCCCGCCCAAGGAUUCGACGCCCGAUUCGGUGCAGACGGCACCGGCCGAGUACCAGGCGACGAUUAACGCGUUCAUGCAUCAGGCGCAGGUCGUUAGCUCCAACAACGGCCUCGGAGGUGGCGGCGGUGGAGGGCUUGGAGGUGGCAGCACAGGAGGAGGCGGUGGUGGCGGUGGCGGCGGUGGCCACUCAUCGGAAGGUGGCUGUGGGCUCGAUGUUAAACCUUGUCUCACCGUCGGUGGCAACGGAUCGAGUGGCGGCGGAACCGCCGGAGGCCAAAACCAACCAAAGCAGCGAGAAGGUACGAUCGGCGGCGGCGGCGGUGCAAGUGCAGGAGGCGGCAGCGGCGGCGGCGGCGGUAGCGGUGGUCAGCAGCACGGAGGCGGUGGCGGCGGCCAAUCGGUGCCCGGAAGUGUUGGACCGCACGGUGGUGGCCACGGAUCGAGUGGCGUCGGUCAAAACACUUCCGGCGCCGGUGCUGGCGGGCUGUUCGAUGGUGGUGGUGGUGGUGGUGGUGGCGGUGGGGUGUCGAUGUCAGCGGCGGCGGCCUACGUCGGGGGUUAUGAUACGAGUGGCGGGUACGGCGGUUACCAUCAUCACAAUGGGACCGUCGUUGGUUCGUUCGCGGCGCAGUCCGCCGCCUCCCGCCAACCGGCCACCGCCAUGAACAGCCCGCACAUGAAACCGCAGCGGACGAAAGCGCGAACGAGUGCCGAGGGUCGAGAGUGUGUUAACUGCGGGGCAACGUCGACGCCACUGUGGCGACGGGACGGUACCGGCCACUAUCUGUGUAACGCCUGCGGACUCUACUACAAAAUGAACGGCCAGAAUCGUCCCCUGAUCAAACCGAAACGAAGACUGGUUAGCUCGCUUCAAAGUGCCGCCCGACGUGCGGGGACCUCGUGCGCCAACUGCAAGACAACCACGACGACACUGUGGCGAAGAAACCAGGGCGGUGAACCUGUUUGCAACGCUUGCGGCCUCUACUACAAGCUACACAAUGUUAAUCGACCACUAACGAUGAAGAAGGAAGGCAUCCAAACGCGCAACCGCAAGCUAUCGUCCAAGUCGAAGAAGAAGAAGGGCAUCCCCGGUUCCUGUCUUCCGCUUGGCAGCCAUCUUGGCGAUCUGAUGAAACCGCUCGAUCACAAACCCUCCUUCCCGGGUGGAUUCCCUGGCUCGAUGGGACAACAUGGCCAUCUGUCGGGAGGAUUGCAUCCGGCCCAUACGCACAUGCACGGUGGCUGGUAUGCGACCGGUAUGGGAGCGCUCGGGACGUCCGGUGGGCUCCAGAAUGGUUUCGGUGGCGCCGGUUCGUUAGGUGGCGGUGUCGUGCCCCAUUCGCAAUCCUACCAUCUAGGACUCAACUCAAUGAGCUGGCGCUCGGAGUACACGUGAUGGAGCACCAGUAACUUCAAUUCCAAUCUGUUCGAGUUCAGCACCUCGCCGAAGCUCCAGCAGCAGCAACAGCAGCAACAGCAGCAGCAACAGCUCCAACAGCAGCAACAGCAACA